AUGGCCAUGUCUCACAUGUCGCUUGAUAAAAGGGCUGAGUCUGUUGAGGAUAUUAUUCAUUACGACUUCACCAAUCGCGCAAUCCUCUACGAAGCUCUCCGUAGCGCCGGCGCGCAUGCCAUAACGGGACGAGCAUAUCGUCCCGACGGCAAUAAGGACCUGGCGCAAAUCGGCGAUGCGGUCCUGCAGUUGAUUCUCGUGAUGGACGGCUACGAAGCAAAAGCCGGUCGAGGCUACAUCAACCAGAUAGUCUCGUCGGUGGGCAGCAACCCCCAUCUCGCACAGAUGGGCUCCAAUGCUGGACUGGAGAAUCUCAUUCUCAUCAAUCCGUCUCAGGCCAGCGUGUCCCCCGGAGUGAUGGCUCAAACCGUGGAGGCUAUUCUUGGCGCUGUCUAUCUCGAUAGCGAGAUGGAUGUCCAGGCUGUCCGAGCCGUCAUGGCCGCCCUGAACCUGGGAUGGCCAGUGUGA